GCGUAAGUUGAUGUGUAUCUACGUCUUGCUUUUCGUGAUCCGCUGUAAUUUGACCGCAUAAUGGAAGUAUAUUGAUAGCGACCGGGGGACAACUAUUCGCGAACCAAGAUCUCGACCUGAGCACAAAGACGCCGCAUACACAUCUCCCGCGGAGGGAGAAGGAGUAGUAGUAAGCGAAAAGAAGGAAAAGAAGGAGGAGUCGCAGGAGACCUGCAGACGACAACGAUGGAAGGGGAGCCGCUGUGUGAGAGUUUGCCGCAGCAGACGCUAAGUGACAGCUCCUCUGUGAACGAAUUUGACGAACUGAAGCAGAAACUAUCUCAGCUAUGCAGCGAAGCGAGCGACGACGCCGCCCCCUGCCGGGACAGGACGCCGCGCACAUGCAAGGACAGACACGUCGAACAAGACGUCGGCGCGCAGCCUGAGUGUGCGACGGCAGACGACGACGAGAACGAUGACGAGAUGGAGGAGAUUCCGGCGACAUUCAGAAGGCCAAAGUCGAAGUCCCUGCCUGGUGAAAUGAUCGAGAUCCACACGAACAUCUUACUGCAGCAGCGCAUGGAGAGAAUGGACGACCUCGCUCCUCACUCAGCCAUCCAUCCACGCCGCAAGGUCAGCUUUCCUGCUGAAGGGUAUUUACCCAUGAGACUGCGAAAGAACUCCAUACCGGAAGAAGUGGAGCCGACGCUAGAACAGAUAUCAAGAUUUCAAUCUAUUUCACGAGGUGUCCUGCCAGCAACGGUGGACGAUGACGACGAGAGCGAGGAGCGCCUGGCCGACGACAGCGACGAACAUUCGUUAGGCGACGUCAAGUAUCCCUCGUCGCGCGACGACACCGAGACAACAGCCGACCAGCCGACGGAAUGCCAGCAGCAACAGCAACCGAAACAGAAGAAACUGCUGCUGCGUAAAAACACUCCCGCGAAUUUUCCGAAGAUAUCAAAGAUCGAUUUUCACGGACCGAAAGCUGGCGGUUCGUUAGCAUCAGAGGACGUCAGCGAAAAGACAUCCGAGGCGGGAGCAGCCGGCGGACAAAACCGAAGGCGAAGACUAGAACUGUAG